AUGUGCACCGCCGUUGAAAGCACAGCGAAGCACAUGGACGCGGGCGACGCUGCCGGCAUGAGCGCUGACGGUUACGUGGUGACCGUUUUGUCCGAGGCGACGCAACUCUUCCACGACGACGGCAGGCAGCGAGAGUUCGCCCCGGGAGCGGUGGCCAAGGCCAUGCCGGGUCUGCGAGAUCAGAGGAAGAUCCGUCAGUACUGCGACGUCGUGUUCCGCGCGGCCGACGGUGCGGAUAUCUGGGCACAUCGGUUCGUACUGUCUGCCAAGUACUCGGGGUGCUACGCUCUCUUCACCCUCGCCAAAAAGGGCACGAGUCUCGACCAGAAACAGAAAAACGAGUGGACACCGCCCAUUCGAGUGGUGAUGAAAGAUCUGGACAGUGACAUGAUUGAGCUGCUCAUCGACUUCGCCUACUACACUCCCCUGCACGAGCGCAUCGGCCUGCACAACAUCGUCAAAAUAUUCGAGAUACGGGAACACUGCCUGAACACCCUCAAGGAGAACCUCGAACCGGAGAGCUGCAUCGACACUUACCACCUAGCGUCCAGCCGCGGUUACGAGCACCUCGCAAGAGAAGCAUUUCGCUACCUUGUGCGGAAAUUCGAUGAGGUGUGGAAGAACACCGCCCAGUUCCAGGCUCUGACGCCAGCGGAGUUGCGUACCAUCCUCGAAGACGACCACCUGUACGCUCCCAGCGAGGUGGAGGACACGUUCGGCGCCAUACUCAAGUGGAUCUCCACCGACGUGGACAAGAGGAAGGCUUACCUCGCUAAGUUCCUGCCGUUCGUGCGCUUCGCACGCUGCCGCGCCACAGACUUCCAGAAAGUCAUCGGCAACCCACAAGUCGUGGAUGACGGAGACAGCCUCAAAGUGCUGAACGUGAUUCAACAGACUCUCACCCAGCAGUCCAUGGCGGUUGGUGUAGUAGCCGGCGUUGACCUGUCCCGAAAGUUGUGGCUGAAGCCUCGCGUGCCCAAGGACAUCCUGUUCUUUUUCGGCGGCUGGACCGUGGGCGCGACCAACAACAUGCUCACGUACAACUGUCGCGCCGCCAAGUGGCGCGUGAUGGGCAACCAGUACACCUCGCCCAGGGCGUACCAUGGAGCGGCGGUGAUCGAUCAGUGCAUCUACUUCGUGGGCGGCUUCAACGGCCGCGAGUGCUACCACUCGGUCGUCUGCUUCGACGUGGCUCUGGCAAGAUGGAGCGCCAAGGCGAACAUGGCGUAUGCGCGCUGCUACGUCAGCGUAGCCGUUCUCCAGGCAAGCACGGACGACGAAAGACUAGCCGCUUAA